ACAAAUAAAAUUAUAAUAAUGUCAAAGAAUAAAUUAAAUCUGACAUUACCAGCUGGUUCUAUUGAACCAGUACCAGUAGUAUCACCAUCACCACCAGUACCACCACUUCCAAGUUAUCCAGAACCACCUGUAAUACCUGAUGGUGUAAUGGGUAAAAUAAGUAUUGAUGCUAUUCAAGAGAGACUAGAAGAAUUAGAAAUGGACGAGGAGCAGAGAAAACGGUUGGAAAGUUUCUUGGGACAAAAGGAGCAGGUGGGUGAGCUCUGUGAUGAUGAUUUUGAAAAAUUAGGCGAAUUGGGAGCUGGUAAUGGUGGAGUUGUCAUGAAAGUAAGACAUAAAAAAUAUGGACUGAUUAUGGCACGAAAGUUGAUACAUUUAGAAGUUAAACCUGCAAUCAAAAAACAAAUUAUUCGUGAGCUUAAAGUACUUCAUGAAUGUAAUUUUGCUCAUAUUGUUGGAUUUUAUGGGGCAUUCUACAGUGAUGGAGAAAUAAGUAUAUGUAUGGAAUACAUGGACGGCGGAUCAUUAGAUCUAAUUUUAAAAAAAGCUGGUCGUAUACCUGAGCCGAUAUUAGGAACAAUAACAUCAGCAGUACUUAAAGGACUGAGUUAUUUGAGAGAUAAACAUGCGAUAAUGCAUCGGGAUGUCAAGCCAAGUAAUAUAUUAGUAAAUAGUGCUGGUGAAAUAAAAAUAUGUGAUUUUGGAGUAUCAGGACAAUUGAUUGAUUCAAUGGCUAAUUCAUUUGUUGGUACUAGAAGUUAUAUGUCGCCUGAAAGAUUGCAAGGAACUCAUUACUCAGUACAGAGCGAUAUCUGGUCAUUGGGUCUGUCACUUGUUGAAAUGGCUAUUGGAAUGUAUCCAAUUCCACCUCCAGAUACCAAGACAUUGAUCUCAAUAUUUGGACAACAAGUAGUUCAACAUUUAGAAAAUACUACCACUAAUAAUAAGUCGACACCUACGCAAUCACCAGCACAUAGUGCAAGCAGUCCAAGGCCGAUGGCAAUAUUUGAAUUACUUGAUUACAUUGUUAAUGAACCACCGCCAAAACUACCACCGGGAAUAUUUACGGAUUCAUUUACUGAUUUUGUUGAUCGUUGUUUAAAAAAAAAUCCAGCUGAACGGGCUGAUUUAAAAACACUUAUGAGUCAUGAAUGGAUAAAAAAAGCUGAAUCAGAGAAUGUCGAUAUUGCUGGUUGGGUAUGUCGAACAAUGGAUCUCCAACCAACAACUCCAACUCGUUUAGCAAACGUACAGUCUUGAAUAAAUGUCACUCUUACAUACUUGACAACAUACAUACACGUUCAGUACUCCUAAGUCAAUAAUUAUUAUUAUUAUUAUCAUUAUAAUUAUUAUCAUUUUGAAAAAAAUCAAUUACCCUGAUUUGAAAGAUUUGAACAGUGGCACUAAAUUCAGAUCUUCACUUCACGGAUCAUAUAAAUAAUUACUAAAUGUUAAUUAAUCAGAUAAUAAUAUUCUAUAAAAAUUAAUCAAUUUUAAAAUUGUCAUCGGAUAAUUUAUUAAUUUGUCGAUAAAUAUUAAAAUAAACAAAUAGAUUAAUAAAUAAAAUAUAAUUUAAUUAAUUAAUCAAUUGACUAUAAUGAAAAUAAUUAUGUACUCAUUAAAAAAAAAAAUAAUAAUCGCUUGAAAUCGUGCAUUACUGCCACUGUGCUUCGAUAAAUUCAUAGUUUAUUUUUAUUUUAUUAUUAAUUAGUUAUUUACUUAAUACUGGGUAUUGAUUUUUUUUUUAUUUAUAUUUAGUUACCUUAUAAAAGUAUGUAAGAAACAAUUAAUAGUAUCCAUUUUAGUAUCGUUACUCUCAUGAGCAUCGCUGUAUGUUUACUGUGAUAAGAAUUCAAAUCCGAUAAAUAGAUAAAUAAAAAUCUUCAUUAAAAACAGUUAUAAAUAUUAAACAAUAGUUAUAGUAACAGUAUAAUUAAAUACUUAAAUAAAUAAAAAAUAUAUAUAUGUAUGUAUAUGGGCAUGAAUUUUUGAAAGACACUAUUCUAAAUUAAUUAGCUAGAAUGUUUUAAAUAAAUUUGGUAAUUAUUUGGAUUUGUGGCUCUGCCUAUUUUUUUUUUUUUUUUUUUUUCUUCGUGAUACGAAAUCACAAAAUUAUGUAACGUACACGGAAAGAACAAGAUGAUACUGGCUACCAUCUCAGAUUAUAUUCAGUUACAUCUGAGGUUAAAAAAAAUUUCAGAUAGUACCCAGUAUAAUCUAGAUUGUACUGAGUUGCAUCUAGAUUAUACUCAGUUUCAUCCCAGAUGUUACUCAGUUACACCUCAGAUUUCACAGCGCUAGAUUAUACUAAUUUUCAUCCUAGAUUGUAACCACAUACAUCUGGAUUAUACUCAGUACCAUCUCAGAUUAUACUCAGUACUAUCUGAAAUUUAACUCAGUUACAUCUCAGCCAUUUUUUUCUAGCUCGUAUGCGUAUCUAGUAUACUAAACGCGCAUGCGCUGCAAAAAUAGCUGAGAUGUAUAGUGAGACUACUGAGAGCUUGCUCAUCAUUUAAUGGUGGGGGUAUGGGAAUUGCAUGCUAACUGAAGGGAACGCUCUCAGUAGCUCCAGUAUAACUGAGUUAAAUCUCAGAUAGUACUGAGUAUAAUCCGAGAUGGUACUGAGUAUAAUCCAGAUGUAUUGUCAUCCCACGAAGAGAAUGCCCCUCGGGUAUCGUCGGUUUUUACUCCCACUCUAGAUGUUUUAUGUGCUAAAUGUUCUCCCACUUUUCUGUGCGCAUGCGCAGUUCAUAAAUGUUUGGUGGUGGGGACAAUUUCCGAGGUGUAUUCUCUUACUGGGACCACUUUAUGUGGUUACCAUCUAGGAUGAAAACCAGUAUAAUCUAGCGCUGUAUAAUCUGAAAUGUUACAGAGUAAUAUCUAGGAUGAAACUGAGUAUAAUCUAGAUGCAACUCAGUAUAAUCUAGAUUAUACUGGAUACUAUCUGAAAUUUUUUUUUACCUCAGAUGUAACUGAGUAUAGUCUGAAAUGGUAGCUAGUAUCAUUUUGUUCUUUCCGUGUAUGAUAACUUUUUUUUUCUAUACUCUGGCGGAUUGAUGGAAAUAAAUAAAUUUUAUAGUCUUCUGCAUUUAUAUCGUGGAAAAAUAAUUAUUUUUAAUGUUUUUCUAAGAAAAUUAUCUUGGGAAAAAAAAUACUUAGAUAUGAUCAUACAUAAAUACAUGAAUCAAAAAUCGGGAGUGAAUUCGGAGUGAUUGCGAUAAAUUUCACUCCGAAUUUAACCCGCAUUCCCUCCUCAAAUUUUUUACAGUAGCGUGGGCCAAAAAAAGUCAGAAAAAAAAAUUAGUUCUUUUUGGCCCACCCUCAUAAAUACUCACAUCUGAUCAGAUUUAAAAAAUGAAACUAUCUGACCAUGAAUUAUAUAUAAUCAUAUCUGCGUAAAUUUUUUUUAAUGAUCUACAUAAGAAUGAAAGUAAACUUUGAAAUCUUAACUAAACUUUUUUCUAUUGAAUUUAUAAAAAAAAAUUUUUUCUAUAAAACGCAAAAAAUUAAUGACUUAUAUAUUUGUUUAUUUUUUACCAUUCAUCCAAAGAGUAGAAUAAUAAAAAAAAAAAUAUUUUGACACCAAAUCACCAGAGCUACACAUCUAAACAAUUACCGUAAAUUUUUACAUGGAAGCUAUAGUAUUUUAUUAUUUUUUUAUUCAUGUUAUUUAAAAUUAUUUAUUUACAAUAUCGUUGAAAAAAAUGGUACUGAAGUUAGCCGACGUCUAAUAAUUUUUGAAUUCUUUUAAAAACGGUAAAUUAUAAAAAAAAAAUAUUUGAAAAAAUUGCACCUAUAGUCUUCUUAAUUUUCUACAUGCGCAUAUUUUUAUUUUUAUUUAUUUGUUUAAUCAAAUUGUUGAAAAGAAAAUUCGAAAAUUGUCAAUUGUCUGCUAACUUCAGGAUCAUUGAAAAAAAGUUAAUAAGUUUAGAUAAUAAAUAUAAAUAGAUUGUUAAUUAGAAAAAGGUUUAAUAAU